AUGGCGCGCAGCUUCUUCCCUCUCAUCCGUAAAGAGCCGGAGACAUCCAGCCCCGUCCUCGACCUGCGGACGACAAGAGUCAGUGUUUCCCCGCACGGGACACGCCAUUUCGUGGAUGGCGCUGUGGGGUACGUGUGUAGAGACAAAGAAGAGUCAGUGUUUAAAAGCGCCGGAGCUCGUCUGCUCGUCCCAGUCCCGCGCAGCUCUCUUCCACUACGCUUGCACAGCCCCUCAGCUCCUGCCACUCUAAGUGUAAAGAUGUCUGACGAAGGAAAGCUUUUCAUCGGAGGCCUGAGUUUCGAUACUAACGAGGACACACUGGCUGCGGCCUUCGGGAAAUACGGCAGCAUUGAGAAGGUUGACGUUAUCAGAGACAGAGAAACUGGGCGAUCCCGUGGUUUCGGCUUUGUGAAAUACGACAAUGCUGAAGACGCCAAAGAUGCGCUGGACGCUAUGAACGGGAAGACUCUGGAUGGCCGUGCGAUACGCGUAGAUGAAGCUGGCAAGGGAGGCGGACGAUCCCGGGGAGGCGGCGGUGGAGGAUACAGCUCUGGACCGCGCGGAGGAGGACGCUUCAGCGGAGGAUCACGUGGAAGAGGUGGUGGAUAUAAUGACCGAAGCUACGGUGACCGGAGUUACGGUGACCGUAGCUUUGGUGGUGAAAGAAGCUUUGGCGGAAGUGGUGGCUACAGGAGCGGCGGCGGUGGUGGAGGAUACUCCUCCAGCGGAGGCUACAGGGACAAUAGGGGGCAGGGAGGUUAUGGCGACCGCUCUGGAUCAUACCGGGAUGGAUACGACAGUUAUGCUUCACACGAGUAA